GCCAAGUUUCUCAGAUCCCGAGACAAAUUCUGCCCUUUCAUUUCCUUUUCCAUUUUCAUUUCCAUUGUUCCCGUUCCCAUAUCCAAGUCAAUAUAUUACCACAUAUGCAGUUCGCUGACGACGCCACGCCAGAGCAAAUCUCUCCCCCCCCCGCCCUCUCUCUCUCGCGGAGCCUUCCAAUCCAAGCAAACGACAAGUCAAAGCUUCAUCCAGGCAGAGGAGGAGAGAGAAAUCGCAAUCGCGAAAGCAUUCGCAUUGGUUAAUUCAAUUGCUCUCUCUCUGGCUUCGGGUUUUCGAAGCGCGUGUCUCAAGUAGGUGGCGGUUGAUAGCAUCCUCCGCCGUCCACGCGUCCCCUCCACUUCCUGUUAAUGAAGUUCGGCGGUGAUUGCUUUCCCUCGCUCCUUCCUCCUUCGCGCUCCGCAUGGAAUUCGAAUCCCCUUGACAUUUCCCCAGUGAUUUCUGGCGGUUUCGGCGUGAAUUCGGGAUCGGAGAGUGGCUUGUACUGGAAUUUCCAUGGAGAAACCUAGCGGCGACCGGUGUGGGUUCCCUUUGACGAGUCUACAGAUAGGGGACAUGCAAUCUUAUCUCUCUCAUCUUGGCCUCUUCCUGGCCUCUGAUAAUAGGAAGUUGUAUAUCUUGGUGGACAACAGACCAUGGCUGAAGGACCUGGGCGCACGUUCCGCGCACCUGUGGCAAUUGAUGGUCACCAAGUCCAGGUUAUCUCCAUUUGCCAGAACUAAAGCACGGAAGCAGAGAAGGGCAAAAGGCAAGUUGCUUGAGUUAACAGCUAGUGCUCAGUCUGAUGUGAGUAAAUCGAAGAAAUUCAAAAGAUGGUUCUCAUUGGUUGAUGCUGCAACAUUGUCUCGGAAAAGGGCUUUGUUACCUGUAAAGAAACUGAGGACUUCUUUAAUAUUGAAUAGCAAGUUACAAAGGACCUUAUAUGGUUUUAUUGUUUUUGAAGUUGCUUGGUCUGAUGUUCGUGGUAUUAAUUACUUGAAUGAACUUCAGACUGAUACUUCCUUUGCUAUAGAGACUAAGCUCAUGAGAAGAUGGGAAUUUGAUAGUAUAGCACAAGCUGUAAAACACAUACCUUUGUGGUUUUUGGGAACGCACCAAGAGCAGCUUCUUUUCAGAGACUAUCUGGAGUCCAUCAUAGGAGAAGUAUUCCAUGAUGCUCAGGAAUAUUUUCCAAGAACCAGCAUUUUUGAUGAUGACGACACUGUGUACCAUGACACUUCAUGUUCUGGCAAUCAAUCUCCUUGCCAUGUUGAUAACUAUUUAAGUCCCCAUGCAGAAGAAUUGGAAACUGAAUCAAGUACACCACGUACACCACCAGCCCCUGAUGGACCGAACAAGAGAAGAAAAGUUAUGAAGUCAAUUAGUAUUGGAUUUGAUGUUAAUAUGCAUCCCGAAGAAACAUGUAGUGAGACCGUUGAUUCGCCAAUCCAUUCUCGAACAUCUUCUGCCAGUGACUCUGAAGAUGCAGUUGAAGCUAACGAGUACAAGGAUGUUUUGAUAUUGCUUCGGUUUAAUGAUCGUCACCUCCCAUUUGAAUUAAGGGAGAUAAUUAUGUCUGAUUUGCGGUUGCUUACUCUAUUGGAAGCGGGGCUUCCAUCUUGGGUUCUUUUUGUUCAGUCAUAUCCGGUAUUUUGCCAUCUUUAUCGUCCGUGGAUGUGUCCAAUGGCAAGAACUUUAUAUGUGCUAAUAUCUGUUGUGACAGUACUUAUAGGGUUUUAUGAUUUGUACAAAAAUGUUCCAGUUCUCAAGGCAACUGCAUCUCGUCUGUGUGGUCCCCUUUUGGAUUGGAUAGAAACUUGGGAGAUGGUAUCAAGGAUCAAGUACUUGGGGACAAUGCUAUUUUUGCAUAAUGUUGAAAAGGCUAUUAAGUGGUUCCUGAUGUUCACACGCACUAUCCGUUCCUCUAUUUCCUUUUUGACACAGCCAAUGGCUGGGCCACUUCUGGACUUAUUCAAUUUCAUGUUUCCUGUGUGGAAUAUGUGCUUCGAAUUAGUUGAGAGCCUCUCUUCAGUCAUUUGGUUGGUGAUCGAGUCUUCUUUCAAUCUGGCAGGGGGCUUGGUUGAGAUCAUACUGUUGCCUUUGUGGUUCAUCUUAUCGAGCAUCUGGCACAUUGCAAUAUUCAUCAUAUACCCUUUAUUCCGGGUCCUGUGGGAGAUGGUUUAUGCUCCAAUUCGCCUGGUUGCUGGAUUGGUCACAUUGGUGUCCUUCAUCUGUACUUACAUAUAUGAUUUGCUUCUAGACUUAUGGCUGUUUGUAAGUGGCAUAAUUAAAUUAGCUUCAACUGCUGAAGCAACAGUGAGCACAUAUGAGGUUUCAAUGUGGCGUUCACUUUGGAAUGACCUUUUCUCUCAGAUUUUUCGUGCUGUGCGGAGUAUUUUACAUGGUUUUGUUGCUUUCUUCACAGCCUGCAAUCGGCACCGACUGAGCAUUUAUAAUCAUUCCCGGGAAUUUGUGCGAAGGUUAGCUCACCGUACUCGAAGAUUAAGGCCUGCUGCAAGUUCUAGUCAUAGAGUUCAGACACUUGGAAUUCAAAAUUUGGCAAAAUCAAGCCCAUAUCUAUUGAAGAACAAGAAAGAGCAGAGCUGAGACGAGGAUCGAAAGUGCAAAACGAUUGGCAGCUUAAGACAGAACUCACUAACUAUAGAUAUAUAAUGAAUUAUUCAGAGCCAUUAUAUGAGCUCCUAGAUUGAAACAUAGGACCAAGUUAACACCCCCACAUAGGAAGAGCUUUGUAAAUUAUCUCUUUCUUUGCCACCUGUAAUAUAGAAAUGCUACUUGUAUCAUGUCCCCUUAUAUUUCAUUAAUUCGUUUGGCUAUAUUUGCCUUUUGUUUGAUCCAUUGUAAUCAGUUCUAGUUUCCUCCGGAUGUAAAUAGCACGUGUAUGUAUGGAGCAACUUUCAUGUAAAGAUGAGCCUUCAGUGGUCCUAA